GUACAAGGUGAUAAGCGAGGAGAGAUGGUGCUGUUGGCCAACCAGCAUACCCGAAAUUGGGUCAAUUCCCGACUUCACUUCCACUGUUUGCUCCCACUACCAUCCUUCCACCUACCCAUCUCUCUCCUUUCUCCUUUCAUCGCCAUUGAUUGAUGUAAAUUUCAAGCCUUCAAAUUCCACCUUAUUACUUUAAACCAACCACACCUCACUUUCCAACAUUAAGGGAGAUAAAAUAAUAGACUAUUAAGCCCACUUGUUCUCCCACCAACCCCCAUCCCCUUAUUUUUCCUAGACUGGUUUUGAGUUUGUUUUUUUUUGUUUCACUGAGGAAUUACAGCCUCCUCCUCUUGCCCAAAAUUUGUUUUCUCUUCAAUCUUCGUACAAAUGGCAGUUUCUCUUCAUAACUCAACAGGAAUUUCCCGUGUUGGCUUCGACUCCCAAUUUUUGGGAUCACAUUCUGCCUCCAAGGCCUCCGUUUCCGUGUCUUUCCAUUCCUCUCUUACUAAUCUUUCCUUAAAAUCUGUUGAGACUUCUAAACAACGGUCAUAUAGAAUAGCUGCAAUGUCAAAGGCAGAGAGUAGUAGCAGCGACCAAGUGAAACUUGAUAUCUCUUUGAGCCCCAGAGUUAACUCUGUGAAGCCUUCAAAGACAGUGGCUAUAACUGAUCAUGCAACUGCUCUUGCACAAGCUGGUGUCCCUGUCAUUCGAUUGGCUGCUGGAGAGCCUGAUUUUGAUACACCAGCCAUCAUAGCUGAGGCUGGGAUAAAUGCUAUUCGUGAAGGUUACACAAGGUACACUCCCAAUGCAGGUACUUUGGAACUUCGUACGGCAAUUUGUCAUAAGCUAAAAGAGGAGAAUGGAAUCUCUUAUUCGCAUGAUCAAAUUGUGGUCAGUAAUGGUGCUAAACAGAGUAUCCUUCAAGCAGUUCUUGCAGUUUGUUCUCCUGGGGAUGAGGUAAUAAUUCCUGCUCCAUAUUGGGUGAGUUACCCGGAAAUGGCAAGGCUGGCUGACGCAACACCUAUUAUUCUUCCGACACUCAUCUGUGACAAUUUUCUAUUGGAUCCAGAGGUCCUUGAGUCUAAAAUCUCUGAAAAGUCAAGACUGUUGAUCCUAUGCUCUCCAUCAAAUCCAACUGGAUCUGUUUACCCUAAGAAGCUGCUUGAAAAAAUUGCAGAAAUUGUAGCAAAGCAUCCCAGGCUUCUGGUGCUGUCUGAUGAAAUAUAUGAGCAUAUAAUCUAUGCACCGGCAACUCACACAAGCUUUGCAUCAUUGCCAGGCAUGUGGGAGCGGACUCUAACAGUCAAUGGCUUUUCCAAGGCUUUUGCGAUGACUGGUUGGCGACUUGGAUACAUUGCUGGACCUAAACACUUUGUCGCAGCAUGUAAUAAGAUCCAGAGUCAGUCCACUUCAGGAGCUAGUAGUAUAGCACAAAAAGCAGGAGUUGCCGCAUUAGGCUUGGGCUAUGCUGGUGGGGAAGCAAUUUCCACCAUGGUGAAAGCAUUCAGGGAGCGGCGAGAUUUCUUGGUUAAGAGCUUUGGGGAAUUGGAAGGUGUUAAGAUAUCAGAACCUCAGGGAGCUUUCUAUCUAUUCAUUGAUUUCAGCUCCUACUACGGAAUAGAAGCUGAAGGUUUUGGCAAAAUCGAAAAUUCGGAGUCACUUUGUCGAUACUUCCUGGACAAGGCUCAGGUUGCACUAGUCCCUGGAGAUGCAUUUGGGGAUGAUAGCUGCAUUCGGAUAUCAUAUGCAGCAUCCCUCACCACCUUACAAGCUGCUUUUGAGAGAAUUAAGAAAGCACUCUUCUCCCUCAGGCCUGCUGUUCCUGUUUAACACAUGAAUUAUAUAUCAUUUAGCAUGUUUAAUUGUUGGUUGUAUUUUGUUUUGGGAUUUGAAUUUUUUAUGUUUUAAUAAGCUUUUUUUUUUUUUUUAAUAAACUCUGGAUUUUCUCUGUUCUCUUCCAUAAUUGUCA